AUGCUCGACCCAUAUGGCACCUGCUUCGAGGUGAGGAGAAAGGUCAUCGAUGGACAAUGGCUGGACUCGGUGCAGCUGACCCUGCAGUACGAUCAUCAUGGAAAUCACUGUAGCGGAUUUCGGGUUGAGAACACGCAUUGCCUGGACCCAUUGCCGGACAACGACAUCAUCGGGGCGUGGUCCCCGCUCGUAUCUUGUAAUCCCACAUGGCGUCCCGAACGAGCGAUACCU